GAGGAAGUUCUAGGUUACAAGAUUGGGGUUUCACGCUGUAAAGUUAAUACUGUUUUUCCUUCACUACGAUGCAGAAUAAGGAAAAUUACGAGCCCAGAGGUCUUCAAAGACCAUUUGCCACACCGAACCUGUCAGGCCCUCAGCGAGUUGUGAUGAAGCAACGACCAGACACAAUGAAAAAUACUGCCACAGGUCCUGCGAGAGAAUGCAUUGGCUCAUCCUCCAGCUCAGCUUCAAAGAAAAUUUCCAUUGAUGACUUUGACAUUGGUCGGCCACUUGGAAAGGGAAAGUUUGGAAAUGUCUAUCUUGCGAGAGUGAAGAAAGUCCAAACAAUUGUGGCGCUGAAGGUGUUGUUCAAGUCUCAGAUGGAGAAAGAGGGUGUGGAGCAUCAACUCAGGAGAGAGAUUGAGAUUCAGGCCCAUCUCAAGCAUCCAAACAUCCUGCGCUUCUACAAUUACUUCCAUGACCGUAAGAGGGUGUUUUUAGUGCUUGAGUACGCCCCACGUGGUGAAAUGUACAAAGAGCUUCAGAGAUGUGGCAGAUUUGAUGAUCGGCGUACUGCCACGUACAUGGAGGAGAUAUCUGAUGCACUAAUGUAUUGCCAUGAGCAGAAAGUAAUUCAUCGUGACAUCAAGCCUGAGAAUCUUCUUCUCGGUUAUCGUGGAGAGCUGAAAAUUGCUGAUUUUGGUUGGUCAGUCCAUGCACCUUCUCUAAGACGUCGCACAAUGUGUGGGACACUGGACUACCUUCCUCCUGAGAUGAUUGAGGGACACACCCAUAGUGAGAAGGUGGACUUGUGGUGCAUUGGCAUCCUCUGCUACGAGUGUUUAGUUGGCAACCCACCGUUUGAAACAGCAAGCCACUCAGAAACGUACAAAAGGAUUAUGAAGGUGGACUUGAAGUUCCCUAAAGUUGUCUCUGAUGGCGCCCGAGACUUGAUCUCCAAGCUGCUUCGCCACAACCCCAUCAAUCGCCUCCCACUACAGAGUGUCAUCGACCACCAGUGGGUGCGUGCCAACUCUCACAGGCUCUUGCCUCCAACCUGCCCUGUCAAGAAAUCCUGAGCCUGCUCACCUUCCUAUGAUGGGUCUUCUUCCUUCCGCAAGAGACUGUGGCCCAAUAUUUUUUGGUUUCACUGCCAUGGGCUUCAAACUGCCAUUAUACUGGCAAUUUUAUACAUAAAAAGGGUUCAGAGUAUUAUGUCAUGUGUGACAAAG